ACCAUUCCAGAAACCCAGGCAGGGCUCGGCUGUCCCUCUGGCUCCCAGAUUCUUUUGGCCACUCUCGCUUUGGGAGGCUCUCACAUUCCUCUGCAGAUCUGCCCCUUCCUCCUUCCUCCUCCUCUUGCUCCAGGGCCACUGGGUUUUCAAAUAUCCGGAAAAUCCAAGAGGGGCAAGGAGAAAAGCAGCAGCCGCCUGAAUCGAGUCCAAGGGUGGAUGUGUCCGGCUUCACAACGAGCCAGGCCGGGAAAACAAGGACUGAGGCUUACACAACAGGCCGCCAACUCUUCGACCCCGGCUGCGCAGCCGGAGCCCCCGCCGGCUCGGGCGCCCUCUCCCCGCCCCAGAAGUGGCCAGUCCCAACCCCAGAGGAAGGAGGGGGCGCGACGAGGCGGUCGGGCGACUUCUGGCCAGUCGCUGAGUGGUCUCUUUUGUUUGCCUAAUUCCUCAGCAGUUUCUGAGACUGACGCUGACCCUGCUCUGAAUCCCAGGAACCCCGUCCAAAGGGUCUACUGAGCACCAUCCCUUAUGCUGGACUCUGGCUACUUAAGUAGGAAUCAAGCCAGGUCCCUGCCAUUGCUCAGCCCGCAGCCGAGUGAGAAAGAAGCUGGCAACAGCAGCAAACAGGCAAUAAUCGGGGGAAGAUGGAAGAGUUGAGUCAAGCCCUGGCUAGUAGCUUUUCUGUGUCUCAAGAUCUGAACAGCACAGCUGCCCCACACCCCCGCCUAUCCCAGUACAAGUCCAAGUACAGUUCCUUGGAGCAGAGUGAGCGCCGCCGGCGGUUACUGGAACUGCAGAAAUCCAAGCGGCUGGAUUAUGUGAACCAUGCCAGAAGACUGGCUGAAGAUGACUGGACAGGGAUGGAGAGUGAGGAAGAAGAUAAGAAAGAUGAUGAAGAAAUGGACAUUGACACUGUCAAGAAGUUACCAAAACGCUAUGCUAAUCAAUUGAUGCUUUCUGAGUGGUUAAUUGACGUUCCUUCAGAUUUGGGGCGGGAAUGGAUUGUGGUCGUGUGCCCUGUUGGAAAAAGAGCUCUUAUCGUGGCCUCCAGGGGUUCUACCAGUGCCUACACCAAGAGUGGCUACUGUGUCAACAGGUUUUCUUCCCUUCUGCCAGGAGGCAAUAGGCGAAACUCAACAGCAAAAGACUACACCAUUCUAGAUUGCAUUUACAGUGAGGUAAACCAGACCUACUACGUUCUGGAUGUGAUGUGCUGGCGGGGACACCCUUUUUAUGAUUGCCAGACUGAUUUCCGAUUCUACUGGAUGCAUUCAAAGUUACCAGAAGAAGAAGGACUGGGAGAGAAAACCAAGCUCAAUCCUUUUAAAUUUGUGGGGCUAAAGAAUUUCCCUUGCACUCCCGAAAGCCUGUGUGAUGUGCUGUCUAUGGAUUUCCCUUUUGAGGUAGAUGGACUUCUCUUCUACCACAAGCAGACCCACUACAGCCCCGGAAGCACUCCCUUGGUGGGCUGGCUGCGUCCCUACAUGGUAUCAGAUGUCCUUGGUGUAGCUGUGCCAGCUGGGCUGCUGACCACCAAGCCAGACUAUGCUGGGCACCAGCUCCAGCAGAUUAUGGAGCACAAAAAGAGCCAGAAGGAAGGCAUGAAGGAGAAACUCACACACACGGCCUCUGAAAAUGGGCACUAUGAGUUGGAGCACCUGUCUACUCCCAAGUUGAAGAGUUCUCCCCAUAGCCCAGACCACCCUGGAAGCCUCAUGGAGAAUUAAAGAGGGAAGCCUCCUUAACGAGCCACAGGAUGGUACCCGGCCCCAAAAGGAAUCCUGGGCAGGAGGACAGUGACAACAGGUGACUUCAUUCUUUAGAGUGAACUUUCCAAAGCCAGUCUGGCUGGAAACAGCUUAUCUAUAAUCUGAAAUGCUGGCUCAAACAGUUAUGGGGAGGUUCCCAGAUUGGGUAGCAUUCAGAUUGAUUUGAGCAGCUCCUACUGUGAUAAGUGUAUCCCAGAUCCACAAUGUAAAUAUAUAUAUGUGAUUUGUAAGAAAGAA